UAUGCUUAAUGGAGGAAAAAUUAAAUAAACUACCUUGUAUAAUAUCAGAUAAAAAUCAGACUGAAGUAUUUCUUUCUGUCCUAAGCAGAGCAUGGAACAGUCAUCAAAAAAUGAAAGAAGAUUAUUGUUCAACUUCAAGUGUCUGCUAUGGUGAAGAAAUUCCAUCUUUGGACAAAUGCUCAGGCAUUAUCUACGAUAAACUGAUAUUUCCUUUCAAUAACAAUCAGACUAUCUCGAAGAGUGGGCAUUCCCAAGUGCAGCACUGCUUAAAACUUGUAUGGCCUUUUUGUCCAGCUAACGUAUCACUUUUAACCCUUCCUUUUCUGUACGUUCCCCUGGGAAUAAGCCAAAACAACAUUCUAAAAGAGGAUGAUGGGAAGAAAUGCGUUUUGAAUCAAAUCACUCAUAUAACUAAUGCUCCUGAAUGUCAAGCAGAUGAUUAUAUCACUUCUUUGGGACGAAUCAUGGAUUGCCUUGGCAGACAUUUCAGCAAAUUAAAGAAAUAUAUGGCAAACUUAACAUCCAAGCGCUCAGUGCACUGGUCAGUGGACAAAAUUAUUACUUGCUUCACAACUCAAACAGUUACUCGCUGCAAACACAGUGACUGGAUCAUCUUCCAGUUGUACUUUACUUCUGUCUUGGACGCAGUCAACCAGAGUUUGGUGCAUUAUAAGAGGAUGUUUGAUGAUCCUCUAGACGUGAAGACUGCAGACGACUGUAUCAGUCAAUUUUAUUCAGAAAAAUUUAAUUCUUGCAUACCUCUUGUGAGUCAAUUUAUAAAGAAUUACAAUGAUGGGAAUGCAAGCAUUUCUGACUACCCAUCUCAGUGCAUAGAGGAUGUUUUUGGAAUCUGCAACAGUAGUAAAACAUUUCAUUCGAUAAUUAAGAAAUACAUGAAUGUCGCCGACGACGAAAUUCAGGAAGUUUGUCUCGAUGCUAAACCAGGAGGUUACCAUUUGAAUUCUUGCCCAGCAAAAAGCUUAUCUUAUGAUUCUGCUUGCGUCGAAGACGAAAUUUUGAAUUCUGAAGAAGAGGAUAAUACUUUAAAGACCAUGAAGAAGUGUCAAAGAUGCGCGAUUCAGAAGAUAGACGACAUAUGCUUAUACAAUGACUAUAAAGAUUUAAUAGCUACUGCUACUCAAGAACUUCAGUCUUUCGGAAAAUGCCUGAAGAGACGAAAUAGCAUUCAAGAAGGAUGUAUAGUGGAUAUCAUUGAUAAAGUCAAGAACAAGUGUAUCGAGAACCUACACACUUUUACCCAUUUCAUAAAGAUUGGUUCACUCAUGAGAGCAGCUGAAGUAUCAAAAGCUUUUGACGAGUGUGUCCAAAGGUCAGUCCAGUGGUGUCCAAACAAUACAUCUGAAAUGAUAUCCAACAUUUAUCGAAGAAUUCUAGGACAGGAACAAUUCUCCGUGAUAAGUAAAAGUUCCUCGGUCUUUGGUGAUCUCGAUCUAUAUUGGCAAAACAAAGAACAAUUAUCUCUAAAAUAGGGUGUCUUAUUUUUCCUUCAUUUUAUUUGAGUUAAAUAAAACUCAAUAUCUUUUAGGCUUCUUCUAGAAAACUGUAUAUUUGAGAGGGUUGGCUCUGUGAUGAAUGACUGAUUGAACGAGAAACAGUUUGUCUGUUAAUUGAAGAUUAAAUGCUGGACUUUUUUCCAUACAUUAUAUUAAAUAUAACAACAAUGUAAUUAAAUAUAAAUUCUGAUGCAAAU